CAGUAUAAAGAGCGUCGUGUAUGUAGUGGACACAGAAUGCACUGAGAAAGCGCACACAACAUUACUCUAUAGUGUCCUGGGGCUGGAUCAGGGUAUGUGGACCAAAGAGGAAUAUAGCUACUGUAGAUCUUCUCUGAUGAAAGCAUAAGCUGGAUAAUUGAUUUGUCUAGAACUCAGGACUGAGGCGAGUCGCAGGAUAAAGCGCGGGACACAAGGCUGGAUCACUCUCUGCAUCAAGUCCGUCUGAGUCUCUGACUGUCGAAUAAAAUGUGUCCGUGGUAUUCUAUCGUAGUUUUAGCUGCUUGUGUAUCGAGUGUAAAAGUUUCUGAGGCUUCUGAAGCAGAAGAGAUCGUGCCUGUGUAUUUCCCAGGACGCACCGGGAGACGCGUAACGAAGAGAAGCGAAGAUCAGCCGAGUUUCAUUCUCACUGCUUUCGGACGCAAUUUCACACUGAAUCUCCAACCGGACACCAGCUUUAUAUCUCCGUCAAUGAAAGUGUAUCAUAUCAGAGCGAAGGAUUUCUCUGCAGCCGGAGCAGAGAGACAGGUGUCAGUCUCUGACCUAACAGAUAUGACCAUGAGUAAAAGUGCAACAGCUGGAUCAGAACUGCGAGGCUGCUUCUUUACAGGAACUGUUGACUUUAAUGAUGAUUCAGCUGUGUCGGUCAGUCUCUGUCAUGGCAUGGUAGGAGUUUUCAUUUCUAACGGAGAAGAGUACCAGAUCAAACCCAAGCGCUUUGGCACGGGGACGCACAAGAGCGCACUGGACCAUCCCCAUGUGAUCACAAGGCAGCAGUUGACCAAAACGCUUCACUCACUUCCUCAGGCAGAUAGUGAAAGUUUCCCGAUGUCAGGUAAACACAGCAGGGUGAGCUCAGGGGAUUCCAGACGCAGGCGCUUUGUCUCCAUGCCGAGAUUUAUCGAGACUCUGGUGGUGGCGGACGCUUCAGUGUCGAGAUUCUAUGGAGAAGACACAGAGCAUUAUGUCUUGACCUUGGUGUCCGUGGCUGCUCAGAUUUACAAGCAUCCCAGCAUUAAAAACUCACUGAACAUGGUGGUAGUGAAGUUGCUGAUAGUGGAAGACAAGGAAGUUGGACCAUCUGUCUCCAGUAAUGCAGGCUUGGCACUGCGUAAUUUCUGUUCUUGGCAGCAGCAAUUCAACCCAUCCAGCCAGAGGCAUCCUGAGCAUUAUGACACUGCUCUGCUGUUCACUAGAGAGGACAUUUGUGGCCAUCAGAGCUGUGACACACUUGGCAUUGCUGAUGUGGGGACCAUGUGUGACCCUAAAAGGAGUUGUUCUGUUAUUGAAGACAAUGGACUACAGGCUGCCUUCACUGUAGCUCAUGAAUUAGGCCAUGUGAUGAGCAUGCCUCAUGAUGAUUCCAAGAACUGUGAGAGGUAUUUUGGAAAUCUUCCCAAGCACCAUGUUAUGGCUCCAGUAUAUACUAGCUUCAAAAAGAAGUCCCCUUGGUCCUCCUGCAGUGCAUUCUACAUCACAGAGUUCUUUGACAAUGGUCACGGAGACUGCCUACUGGAUUCCCCUGAAAAGAUUUUGCCCUUGCCCACUGAGUUACCUGGUGUGAUUUAUAGCCUGGACCACCAAUGCCUGCAGAUCUUUGGAGAGAAUUUCUCACACUGUCAAAAUGCCUCUGCUGGUGACACAUGCAGCCAGCUGUGGUGCCAGGAGGAAGGCCAGUCUGUGUGUACCACCAGAAAUGGGAGUUUACCCUGGGCAGAUGGCACAGAUUGUGCCCCCAACAGGAAGUGCCUGGAUGGUGUUUGCACUGCAUCUGAGGAGGCAAAGGAACUAAAGAAGGUGGUGGAUGGAGGCUGGGGAGAGUGGGGAUUGUGGAAGCCUUGCUCUCGCUCAUGUGGUGGAGGAGUAAUGUUCUCGUACAGAGAGUGCAAUCAGCCAGCACCUCAGAACCGAGGGAAAUAUUGUGAGGGACAGAGAGUUCGGUAUCACUCCUGCAACACACAGGCUUGUGAAACCAGCCAUGGGAAGAGCUUCCGUGAAGAACAGUGUGAGAAGUAUAAUGAUCCCAAUCACUUUGAUAUUCAUGGAAAUGUCAAGCAGUGGAUACCAAAAUAUGCUGGUGUAUCACCACGGGACCGGUGCAAACUCUUUUGUAGAGCAAGAGGCAGCAGUGAAUUCAGAGUGUUUGAAGCCAAGGUCAUUGAUGGAACAGCAUGCAGCCCAGAUUCUACAUCAAUCUGUGUCCAAGGCCAGUGCAUUAAAGCUGGCUGUGACCUCCAGAUUGGCUCCAGUAAGAAGCUUGACAAGUGCGGUGUGUGUGGUGGGAAUGGCCUUAGCUGCAGGAAGAUAUCAGGCUCAUAUAAUGCAGUCCUCCAGGGGUACAGUGAUAUUGUAACAAUCCCAAUAGGUGCAACCAACAUUGACAUCAAGCAGCGGAGCCUCAAGGGCAAAAAACACGAUGGGAACUACCUAGCUAUCAAAAGAGAAAAUGGUGAGUAUAUACUCAAUGGCAACUUCUCUGUGUCCACUGUCGAACAGGAGAUUCCAGCUAAUGGGGCUGUGCUCAAGUACAGUGGCUCAGCGACCAUCUUUGAACGGAUCCAGAGCUUUCGCCAACUCAAAGAAGCCAUCACCAUCCAACUUCUGUCUACCACUGAAGAGACAACCCCAGCAAAAAUCAAAUACACAUUCUUUAUCCCCAAAGGCAUCUCUUUCAGUAAACCAAAAGAGCAAAAUAAAUUUGUUCACAUGGUCCACCCUUUUGGUAUUCCACAGUGGGUUGUGGGAAAGUGGUCAGAGUGUUCCAAAAGCUGUGGUUCAGGAUGGUCUCGGAGAACAGUGGAGUGCACAGAUGAUGUUGGCAUUUACUCGAACCAUUGUGACAAAGAGCUCAGACCUGCAGACAUCAGGCCCUGUGCAGAUCUUCCAUGUCCUAUAUGGCAAAUAGGUCUAUGGUCUUCAUGUUCCCGAACAUGUGGUCAUGGGGAACGCCAUCGCAGUUUGCACUGCAUUGAUUUCACUGGCAAGGUUGUUGACAAAGAAAAGUGUGAUUCUUCCAAGCAACCCAAGCCGGUAUUUGGAGAGUGUAUGUACCAAGAAUGCUAAACACACAUAAGCAGACUUUCACUUUAAACCUGUCUUGAAGGGCAAAAGUCCAGUCAUCAUUAAUUCAUUAAUUCAGCCUAUUAGGUUAAUGCUAAGGUUGGAAGGUUCUUAAAAGGUGGUAAAGUACCAAACUGUGCUGGACUCUAGCCAUCUGGGAUUUAGUAGAAUGACAAAAAAAGCACUACUAAUCUUCUUGACAAGGCUUUGAAGCAAAGCAGGAAAAGCUUGAUUUUAGGAUGAAGAACUAAACCAGUCCAAAUGACAUGACUUUAAUGUGUUUGAAUGAAGUUGUGUAUUCUCAAGUGCUGUUUCCAACAUUUAUUUAAAACCACUAUUGCUUAAUUUCCAGUAGAGAGCUACCUCAAAUGGAUAUAAUAUUUUAAUCAGCAUCCUCCCAACUGGUUGUGUUUCCAUACAGUGAAGCUGCAAAUUACUACAGACCAAAUAAAUCAGUAUCCAGGCAUUUUGACUUUGGGAUAAAUAUUAGGGAACUCAUUAUCUUUUUUUAAUUUUAUGGUACAUUUGAAUGUCAUUUUCAUAAACAGUAACCACUCUCCUACACCCAGUCAAAUUAAUGGCCUUUCUUAUUACCAGUUACAAAGUCAUUAUGGCACUUGCUGUAUGGUUUUUGCCCAAAGCUAAUAGGAUUGUUGUGAUUUGUUCUGAGAAUAGUAGUAAACUGAUUAUGAGUAUUUUGACAUGAUAGUCAAUAUGGCUUUCCCACUUUUUUUUCUGGAGUAAUUUAAGCUAAAUAGUUUAAUCAUGUUUGUGACAUGCAUUUACUGAACAUCUACAUUACCAGAGGUGAUAUAAGCAUGGUUUACUGAUUUUAAAAAAAAAAUGGUCAGAGCCUUCAAUCAUUUCUGCGUUGUCAUAUGACAUAAAUUUUAUAUGAGUAUUCCAGCUAUGUAUAUUACAUGUAUCAAACAUAUCGAAAAACAGUA